CUGAUUUCUCAAUACUUAUGAUUGUCAUUUUGUAAAUAAACAAUACACAACAGUGUGACCUGCAUGACGUAAUAUGUCAGUGAUUUUGCCGAGUCGUUAAUUUAUUUAUUGAGCACAAUUAGUUGAGCAAUAAAACAUUGUCCAAUUUUAAAUCUGCUCUACUCUUUGACUAGAUAAGAUGCACAAAGGUGACGAGAUUAGAUUACAAACAGUCACCUUACACAGUUCAAUUUUCCAUCCUAUUUUAAGAAAAUGGCAAAGUGUUCAAAGCAUAAGUUCAGACAAUAUCGUGUAUCCUGUUUUUGUGGUGGAUAUAGAAGAUGCAAAGUUAGAAGUAGACAGCAUGCCAGGGGUUUAUAGGUACGGAAUAAACAGAAUAAUACCCGAAAUAAAACCUUUAGUGGAGAAAGGUUUAAAAAGUGUUCUACUUUUUGGAGUCAUAACUCAACUCUCUAAGGAUACCAAUGGAUCCAGUGCUGAUUCGAAAGACAAUCCAGUGCUCCAAGCAGUUCCCAUGUUAAGAUCUUCAUUUCCAGAUCUUGUUAUUGCAUGCGAUGUGUGCCUGUGUUCCUACACAAAUCAUGGCCACUGUGGUAUCUUGAGAGACAACGGUAGUAUCCACAACGAACUGAGCAUCAAGAGGCUUGCAGAAGUCGCUGUAGCCUAUGCUAAAGCAGGUUGCCACAUAGUAGCACCCUCGGACAUGAUGGAUGGGAGAGUGUUGGCCAUCAAGAAUGCGCUGCGGGAAGCUCAGAUGUGCUCAUCAGUCUCUCUGCUCUCUUAUGCUGUGAAGUUUGCCUCAGCGUUCUAUGGACCGUUCCGUGAGGCAUCAAAGUCGUCCCCUGCAUUUGGCAACAGGAAAGCUUACCAGCUACCUCCUGGCAGUUCAGGCCUAGCAGCCAGAGCAGCGUCAAGGGAUGUGGACGAGGGGUGUGACUUGCUCAUGGUGAAACCUGGUAUUGCAUACCUGGACAUCCUCCGUCAGACCAAGCAAGCGUACCCGAAUAUACCUCUGUUUGUAUAUCAGGUAUCUGGUGAGUACGCCAUGCUGUAUCAUGCAGCCAAAGCAGGUAGUUUCAGUUUGGAGGACGGUGUGGCUGAAACAUUAACGGCUUUUCGUAGGGCAGGAGCUGACUGUAUCAUAACAUACUUUGCCCCUUUAAUCUUGGAUAUGUUGGCAGAAGGCAAGUUAUAGGUUAGUUUGUUUUGCACUUGUUAUAUUGUUAAUGUAAUAAAUCAGGAAACUGUUUUUAUGCCUA